AUGUCUGAUUUGGGACCAUUGAGUUAUUUUCUGGGUAUUGCUGUCACCAGGACUCCGUCCUAUAUGUUACUAUCUCAGCACAAGUAUGCACAAGAAAUUCUUGAGCAGACAGGUAUGGCCAGUUGCAAGCAUGCUGCUACUCCUGUGGACACUAAGUCCAAACUUAGUGCCGACGCUGGACCCCAGUUUCAUGAUCCCACUUUAUAUCGCAGUCUUGCAGGUGCUCUACAAUACCUCACCUUCACUCGUCCUGAUAUUUCAUAUGUUGUUCAGGUUUGUCUCUUUAUCCAUGACCCUAGGGUCUCUCACUAUGAUGCCUCAAAACGCAUCUUGCGCUACAUCCAGGGCACUAUUGAUCAUGGUUUCCACUUAUAUCCUUCAUCUUCCCUGCGACUGGUCACAUAUACUGAUGUUGAUUGGGGCGGGUGUCCUGACACUCGUCGCUCUACUUCCGGCUAUUGUUGUUUCCUCGACGACAAUCUUAUAUCCUGGUCGUCCAAGCGUCAGGCUACCCUUUCUAGGUCCAUUACGGAGGCUGAAUAUCACGGCGUCGCUAAUGUUGUAGCUAAAUCUUGUUGGUUGCGCAAUUUUUUACUCGAGUUGCAUUGUCCCCUGCGUCAGGCUACACUUGUCUAUUGUGAUAAUAUCAGUGCUAUUUAUUUGUCCAGCAAUCCGGUUCAGCACCAUCGUACCAAACAUGUUGAGCUGGAUAUUCACUUUGUUCGUGAAAAGGUUGCCUUAGGACAAGUUCGUGUUUUACAUGUGCCUACUCGGUAUCAGUUCGCAUAUAUUUUCACAAAAGGCCUCCCUCGGCAAUUAUAUUUGGAUUUUAAAUCCAUUCUUAGCGUACGUCCUCCUCCCGCUAUGACUGCGGGGGUGUGA